AUGGACAUGAUUUUUUUUUUGGCUGUUGUUGUUGUUGUUUUUCCUGUUGUCGUUGUUGUUAUUGUUGUUGUUAUUGUUGUUGUUGUCGUUGUUGCUGUUGUUGUUGUUGUUGUUGUUGUUGUUGUUGUUGCCGAAUGA